AUGAUGCGGAAAAAGCUGUGGCCAGUCAAUUUGACCAGCCCAUUUGAGACACUCAGGACGGAAGCCAGGGAGCGGCGGCAGCGAUUUGAUCCGGGGACCAAUGAAACUAGAAUCAGCAUUGAUGGUAAGGAGUAUCUGAAAGGAAUACAGCACCAAAUAGCAGACAAUGAAUUAAAAAUAGGCUUGCUUGCAGCCGAAGAAAGAUCAUACGGAGCGACGGCAAGAUGGAUGGAGGAUUACGACGUGUGUCAAGUGUUUCUUCAGAGGAUGGAUGAGUCUGUUCACCGUCAAAAAUGGUUAUUGAACAAGAGUCGGUCUUUAUUGGUGGGUGAUGGGGGAACUGGUUAUACGGAGGAGUUGAUGAGUAUCGGCAAUUUGGUAAAUGGUUUAAUGAGUGAUGUCAACAAGACGUUGGCGAACAUCUAUACCGAACAGCUAAGUCAAGCGUCUGAGACUAUCGACCCGUUGGAGUUACGUAUGCGAUACAAUGCGGCCCGUGGGAUAACGAUGGACUUAAGAAGAUUGAGUCGCGAAUACCGUCACCUGCAUCACAAGCUCGUAGAGGAACACAUGAAAUAUCAAAAGGAGAACAAUGCCGCUCUGACUCAAGACCAGCACACGUCGGAAGUCAACUCGGCCUAUUCACCACCGAGCAUGCUACGACAGUUUCUGCCUAAACAACCGCUCGUGUCUACGCAACAAAUUGAACACGUCCAGAGACUCAUGGAACAUGUCUGCUACCUCUUUGAAGAGACAAAUAAACUCACCCUUGAACAGGGCUCCAUGCUCGACAGAAUCGACGCCAACAUUGACCAUGCCGUUGCCAGAUCCCUGCAAGGCAAGAAGCAAGUUAGACUCGCGGAGCACAAGCAACGACACGGUCUGGCCAAACAAGUUUCCGUUGUCCUCAUCAUCACCAACGCCGUCAUGGUACAACCACCCACCUACCCUCACCAACACCGUCAUGUGUUCCUCUCAGUUACCCGCUUUUAG